AUGUUGACAUUAGGUGACCGAACCGGAAAGGCUGGGGUUCAAUUCCUGGCUGCGGCGCCAAAGGAAGCCAUGAAGAAGUUCGUUGAAGCAGCCAAGGAGGAUGCCACUCUCGCUGAGGAGGUAAUAGCCUUAAAUGAAGACAGGAACUUUUACUGGCUAGAGAUGUGUUCCAGAAUUUUCAUGUACAGCCCGUAUGGUCCGAUUAAUACGCUGGGAGAAGCCCUAGCUAUGCGGGAUCUCAGACAGUAUUUCGAAGCAAUAGACCCAGACGGUGAGUUCUCCCACGUUUCAGAUCAGAUUUGCAGUGAUAGCGUGGGUCGACCGAUGUCCGAGUUGGAAAGGGCACUGACCAAUGUAAGCGACUGCGAUGAUGAGACAUUCGUGAUGACAGCCUCGCUGAAGGUCAUAGACUGCAGACGUUUGACACCUGAGGAGGUGGUGGACGCCCGCAGUAGUCUACCGGAAGAGUGGCUGCCGCUGCUGGCGGAAACAACCCGGGACAGCGAUGUCGAGUGCGGCCUGAGUUGGGGGUCCACUCGAUAUAUCCCGAGCCGAUGCUGCCUGAUUGCUUCUGCUAUUUCUGCCGGUGCUGUUGUAGUUGGUGGGGCAUUUGCAGGGCUGAUUUAUGCUUUGCUGACUCACGGUAACUCACCCGCGGUUAGUCUGUUGACGUCUGAUCGGCUCCAAGAGAGCACCGUGAAACGAAUGUUCGAUACCAAUUCAACCGCAAGUUAUAACACGUCCAAUGUGACAGACGCCUUCACCGACUUUGUCGCGACCGUCGCUAUGAACGUGACAAACGGAACUUUGUUGAAUAUUAUCCGCGUGGCCCCGAUAGCGACAACCACAGUAUAUCCUACAGGAUCUUCGAGUCGGUUCAAUACCACGACGAUGACAGAAACUUUGUUGAAUACUACCGACGUGACUCCGACAGAACUUAGCACAACUACCACCACUGCAUAUCCAACUCGUUUCGGGACCUGGAUGACUGAGUCCAAGUUGAACGAGCUCCAAACCGUAGAGUCAACAUGCCAGAAGCUAUUCAACUCCUUAGGGUAUAAGACACGCAGCUUGCCCGUUAUGGACGCAGAUGCAGGUCGAUAUCCAUGUGGUGGUGGCAGUGGGCAGUUGCUAUGUGCAACGCCUCAGAACAACGCCGUAGGAACGUGUUAUCAUUUUGGCGGUCCGUGGACGUAUGAAGCGUUUGCGGUAAAGGAGGCGAUUGGACAUUAUCUACAAGACGGCAGGGAAUGCGUUGUUCGAUGUGAUGGUGAAGAGGAGGCCUUACGUAAUUUGUGGGAGGUGACCCAAAAAAGUUUAUUGUCGAUUUCACCCUAUCCUGGUCGGGGGUUCCUAAAAUUCACGAACAGAGUCUCAGUUCCCAACCUGAAUGACUUCGAAGCGAUGAUGCGCCCGCGUUAUCCUGUGGAAGAAAACUGCUCCGGAUCGUGUGUCGAUUGUGUUGAGGAUACUGGCACCAGGAAGUGUUCCUGUAACUUUGCGCGAGUCAAGUGUCAAGUCCGAACCAAGGCUGAGCAGCAGGAGAACAAAAUUGAGCUAGUUGCUUAUAAUGAGGACCCGAGGUUCCUGUUUGGUUUGUUGUCUCCCUUCAGCAAGAAGAAAGACGUCUAUCAGGUAGUGGGUUGUGACUACGAAUGCCGUAAGGCAAGCCCGGAUGUUGCCGUACCCGCCAGCGUACGUUUCCUGGAGACGGAGCCGGCAGGUGAUGGUAGUCCGCUGAAGUUGAGGCUGAGCAGACGCGAGUUGAGCAAACUUCAGCUCCCUCUGGCACAGUGCGAGGGCUAUGAUACAGACGACUGGCACCCAUUGGAAGAGAUUGGCCGAUAUCCAUGUUGGGGGGGAAGUGGAGUAAUGAUGUGUAAAGUACCAAAGAUUAAUGAUCGAUGUUCCAAAUGGUGGCCUUUUGCGUGCAAAAAAUAUCUACCCGUCUCUUGUCAUCGUUUUGGUCCUGUAUGGAUAGACGUCUUCGCAGUGGAGAAUACGGUCAGAUAUCAUUCAGGCGAAAUUGGCGAUUGUUUUGUCAAGUGUGAUGACAAAGAUGUAGCGAUGCGUCACUUAUGGAAGGAAGCUAAUGAUAGCCUACAAAAUGCCUCUAGGUACGAACCCCAGCCGAUUUCUUCAACUGAGAAUUUGGAAUUGCAGUUGCAGAAAUGGUAUCCUGCCGAACGAAGUUGUUCAUCAACCUGUGGUUCCGACCUACAGUCAUGCACCAAUAUUCGUAACUGUGUUUGUCGAGCUGCACACGUCAAAUGCCGGACCGAGCUCAAAGAUGGCAAAGACCAACAAGUGGUUGAGUCAUGGGGCUUUAACACACGAAUUAAUGAUGUGUUGGGAAUGAUGUCUAUCCCAGGUGCUAACGGCAAGAUCAAUCACACUAAAACCGAGGAUACUAGAACUCACAAAUGUCAUGUCUUCUGUCAUGAGAUUCUGUGGUCACCAACACCUCCGACGCAGGUCCUGAGGUGGAACAAAGCAACUUGA